ACGUGCAGCAGACACGCGCAGUAGCCGGAAGCGUCGACGGGAGGAAAAUAAAAUCGGUUGAAGCUUCAGAAUUCUGCGUUUAAAUCAUAAAUGUGCAGAUUUAUACCAAAAUAAACACGCGUUACUCAACACUUCACAUUUACACAGAGACGAGCAUCGCGGGACCGGGCAGACAGCAGCUCUUUUUGCUCCCGUUUCCCCGAGAGUGAAGCUGACGUGUGGGCAACUUCACCUCCGAACAAACGUAAACAACAGCUGUGUCCAAACGAACCGAGCUGAACCGAGCCAGGACAACGAGCACCGGCCCCCGGGCCCAACAAGCCCGGAGAAGCGCCUCACACACGGGGAGAGAGCAGAGGAGCAGCCGCUGCGCUAGCCCCGAGUCCAGAGUCUUGCGCUGCCCCGUGUCCGAGCUCCGAGCACCGAGGCCCGGCCAACAUGAGCCGCUGACCCGCCUCUGAGCCCUGGGACGGACGAGCGCACACACACGGAGGUGAUUGAGAGGAGCAUCAUGGCACAGCAGGUGACCCCGAGCUCACAGAAGGCUCUGAUGGUGGAGCUAAAGUCUCUCCAGGAGCAGCCGGUGGAAGGCUUCAGGAUCACACUGGUGGAGGAGUCGGACCUCUACAACUGGGAGGUGGCCAUCUUUGGACCUCCCAACACCCUGUAUGAAGGCGGUUACUUCAAGGCUCAUAUAAAGUUCCCUGUGGAUUACCCUUACUCUCCUCCCACGUUCAGGUUCCUCACCAAGAUGUGGCACCCCAACAUCUAUGAGAAUGGAGAUGUGUGUAUCUCCAUCCUUCACCCUCCUGUAGACGACCCUCAGAGCGGAGAGCUACCAUCAGAGCGUUGGAACCCCACACAGAAUGUCAGAACCAUCCUGCUCAGUGUGAUCUCUCUCCUGAAUGAACCCAACACUUUCUCUCCUGCCAACGUCGAUGCCUCAGUGAUGUUCAGGAAGUGGAGAGACAGUAAAGGCAAGGAGAAGGAGUACGCAGAAAUUAUUAGGAAGCAGGUCCUGUCCACAGCCGCAGACGCAGACCGCGACGGGGUCAAGGUGCCCCGGACUCUGGCAGAGUACUGUAUCCAAACCCGGAUGCCCUCCCAGGACUCCAGCUCAGACCUGCUCUACGACGACCUGUAUGACGAUAUGGAGGAGAGCGAGGAAGAGGAGAGUGAAGGAGAAAGUGUGGGAGGAGCACAGGGAGGAGGAAGAGUCUACGAGGACCAGGACGACUCUGGGAACGAGGACUCAUGAUAGAGAGCAGGGAGGAGAGCGCUGGUGUGGGGGGUAUCGCUCUCCUCCUUUGAUGAGGAGGAGAGCGAUACAAGGAGUCAAGACAGGGUGAAAUGGGUGAGGGGGGGGUUAGAGGGAGAAAAGAAGAGGGGAAAGCAUGGGACUAUUCUGGUUAUUUAGUGAGAGGGGUCUGUUACUGAGAGGAAAGAGGAAAGAAAGAUGAGGGGAGAGAGAAAAGGACAGGGGAGUAGACGAGAGAGGGAGGAGAGACGGAUUUCUUCAACGUCAGCGCGCUUUUCAUUUUUUCUUUUCGUUUCCAUGGAAUUUUCACCAUUUGCCUUAAACUGCAGAGUGCCCUGCUGUGUCAUCCUCUAUCACUACACCUUCAUAUUUGUGGAUAUAAUUUUAAGUUCUUAUUUUUAUUUUUCCUUAUAUUUGACGCUGUUGUAACACAGGACCCAAAAUCCAAGCUCAAAAUGAGAUUACAUUUCACAGUGAGGGAUAUUUGACCUUUACAGAAAUGAGAAGAAUUUUGUUUUUAAUUAAAAUGCACAAAAACAUGUAUUGUUGUUAAAAUAUUCAUUGCAAUGCAUUUAAAUGAAAUUCUUAACUGUCCAGUGUUGAUAAUCAGGUUUAUUCUACCGUGAAGGCUCCUCCCUCCUCUCUCUCUCAUGCUUUAAUUGGUGGGUCAAAUGUACUUUCUGUUGUUUUACUUUGGCGAGGCUUUGAGGCAGUUUAAACCGUGGACAACUUUAUGGUUUUAUUUUGUUGUGUCGCUGCUUUACAACUGGUGGGUUAUGACACAAAGCAUUGUUUAAAGAAUUUUAUUUUUUUUCAAGCUUUCUACCAUGUUAUAAUGUUGUUCCCUCAUCAAAAACAUGCCUGAAGAGGUUUUUCAAUGUCACCCAUGCAUGUUUGCGUAAUCUAGCAAUCUCUCUCGGGCUUGUUUUGAACCCUCCUUACAGUUGGCAGUACAAGUCUGUACAAGGCUCCGCCCACAGGCCUACGUCACCCAUGCCUCCACACGACAAUUCUCCAUAAAUACAAAUAACAUGAUGCAAAAUUGUACACAGCAUCUUGACAAACCUGAUGGGGUGCAGUAGAUGUAUUAGCGGGAUGCACGCCGAUUGUUGUGAUAGCACUCUGAAGGGGGAGUCACGGCAUGGAGAGCAAAGGGAGGGGAGAUUAAAAGGUAACAUGGAGAUCUACAUAUGUUAUGUGUUAGCAGUUAAUACCCCAUGGAAGUCAAAUACUUCCUCUUUAAAUGUUGUGAAAUCAUGGUAGGAUAAAUAUUUAAAAAAAUGUAUUCUUGCCAUUUUGCUUUAAAGCCCUAUAUUCUGCUAAAUCUCCCUGUUAUGUGAUGAAAUGUUCUUAUAUGAUGAAAUGUUCCGCAGUGUUCUAAUGUAUUGUUAUUAGAAGUACAUGUUCUUCAAAAUAUUGAUGUGAUAAAGAUAAUGAAGUAGUUUAUAAACUUCAACAUUUUGGAGAAAUUGACUGAAUCAAGCACAAGACCGGGGGCAAGACCGGGGGCAAGACCGGGGGCAAGACCGGGGGCAAGACCGGGGGCAAGACCGGGGGCAAGACCGGGGGCAAGACCGGGGGCAAGACCGGGGGCAAGACCAGGGCCUAGACCAGGGCCUGUAACUGCGGCCUAUGACCAGGACUGACACCGGGCUGAAAUGGGCACUAAACUAAGACUUAAAUCAGGGACUAUGACUGAAGCUGGUCUGAGCCGAGCAAAAUGGAAAGAAUUAAGUCAGGACUUACCAGGGCUAAACCAGGACUGAACCAGGUUUGAACCAGGUCUAUCGAUGGUUUAUUGAAUCUCCUGACCCACCAGUUGUGAAUGCAGUGACGUGAUGAGUGUUUCAGUAGAUUUUUGUCCUAUUUUGUUUCAUUUGGUUUGAUGCCGUUUGUCACCUGUUACUGCUUCUGUGUGACUCUGGUUUUAAACUGCACCAGGACUGAACGGUGCAAGUUUAACAACAACAACUUUGGAUCUUUUUGGACUCUUUUGGGAGACAGCAAAAUAUAAAAAUCCACGCCAAGAAUGACUUCACCAUCAGCUCCUAGACACUGAACGCUGCUGAUAUCAUCACGCGGUGUUUGGGGGAUUCUAUCUUCAGUUUUGGACGAUUUAAACGCCAAAAAAGACAUUUUGCAGGAAGAUUCAUAGGAGCAGAGAAUGCAUAAGAGAUUUUUGAAAAGCUGCAGAUUUGUGGAUGUACCCGCGUGUGUUUUUGCCUUUUGAGAGUUCAAAUUUUGUCUUUCUUUGUCAGUUUCGUUUUGGAUUUGUGGAUGUUCGUCACGAGUUGAACCUUCAUCUCCCAUUCUCUGCAGACAUUUCAGAAUAAAGGCCUCACGGAUGUAGCCAUUGUCACAAAGAUUUAACAUUUAUAUAUUUUGUUCAUUUUUCUUUCAUCUCUGUCACUUAGAAAGGAGUAUUUCAAAAUAAAUGACUACAAAAAUCUC